UUGGGGAAUUAAUGGAUGAGGAAUGACCAUCUUUCCACCGUAGAAAAGGACACAAAUGGAGAAGUUCUGUGGGUGUGGUGUUAUCCUUCCACGACAGCUACUUUAAGGAAUCUGCUGCUGAGAAAAUGCUGCCUUACAGAUGAAAACAGACUCCUCCAUCCCUUCGUCUUCGGUCAGUACAGAAGAACAUGGUUUUAUAUCACAACAGUUGAAGUUCCAGAUUCUUCAGUUUUGAAAAAGGUGACUCAUUUUUCUAUUGUUCUGACCGCCAAAGAUUUUAACCCAGAGAAAUAUGCCGCCUUCACUAGGAUAUUGUGUAGAAUGUACCUGAAACACGGGAGCCCAGUUAAAAUGAUGGAGAGUUAUAUUGCAGUUCUCACCAAGGGGAUAUGCCAGAGUGAAGAAAACGGCUCUUUCCUUAGCAAGGACUUUGAUGUCCGAAAGGCAUACCUCGCAGGCUCCAUCAAAGACAUUGUAUCUCAGUUUGGAAUGGAAACAGUUAUCUUACACACAGCACUGAUGCUAAAGAAAAGAAUUGUCGUCUAUCACCCCAAAAUAGAAGUUGUCCAGGAGUUUACCAGAACCCUGCCUGCCCUGGUGUGGCAUCGACAGGACUGGACCAUACUUCACUCGUACGUGCACCUGGAUGCUGAUGAGCUGGAAGCCCUGCAGCUGUGCACAGGUUACGUUGCCGGAUUUGCAGACUCGGAGGUGAGCAAUAGAUCAGACCUGUAUGACGUGUUUGUGAAUCUGGCAGACAGUGAGAUUACCAUUGCCCCACUUGCGAAAGAGGCCAUGACAAUGGGCAAACUGCACAAAGAGAUUGGUCAUCUGAUUGUUCAGUCUGCAGAAGAUCCAGAGAAAUCGGACAGCCAAGUUAUACAGGACAUUUCCCUAAAAACAAAAGAAAUCUUCACCAACUUGGCACCCUUUUCAGAAGUUUUAGGUGAUGGAGGAAAGCGUGUCCUCAAUCUUGAGGCUCUAAAGCAAAGACGAUUCCCACCAGCGACAGAAAACUUUCUGUACCACCUAGCAGCAGCCGAGCAAAUGCUGAAAAUCUGACUGUCAGGAUGGUAUCACUGAGGACACGAUCACCCACUAACUAUGUAUAAUACUGAAAAUAACAAAGAAAAUGGUAUAUUUUAAUGAUUUAUUUGAAAGUAUUGAGAUUUGACCUGAAAAGCACUGAAACAUAGCAAAACACUUGAUUUUCUCUAUCUGAUUAGUUUCACACCUGUUAUCCAUGUUGGACAAAGUGCUGUAACUACCACAAAUAAGUUAUAAAAAGGCCUGAUGUGCUGGAGUGAGAAAAAGGCUCUGUCGAGUUCUCGUGUAAGUCACAGCAGAUCCGAAAGCCUCCAUGAUUAUAA